UGUCACCAGUCGUUGCUAAGUAUGUUACAUUACAUGGUAAUAAUAUAUUAAUCGUUUUAGCACAGCAGGUAUAACGGUUCGGAAGAUGAUACUAAUUCCCGUUACAAUUUAUUGUUUGUGUACCAUUAUCAAUUAUAAACAUACAUCGAGACUUUCAGACGAUAUUAAAUAUUGAUUGAACACGCUGGCUUGUCAUCUUGACCGAUUGCGCGGCUUCGGCAUAUGAUUUUUGGCACUGAAAAGUCUUUACACGGCGGGUCUUCAUCUGAAAGUUUGAGAUCAACAGUCAACGCUAUGAUGGAAUGUGUGAACAAUCUCUUAGAUAUUAAAUUCGACGAUCUGGACCUGAUGCGGGUUGCCGUCUACAAUGCAGUCGAUGUUGAAAAUGCAGUGAAAAAGUAUUCUUCGUACCUGAAUAACACCAUCAAUUUACUUGUAUGUGACGAGUAUGCACAACUCGGAGCACCGAACGAAGUGAUUGACAAAAUAUUUGACAUGAUAUGCAAAGCGUGGGACGUUCCUAACUGCAAACUUGGGUACGUGUUGUGCAACACGUUACGGGAUUCCGGUGGACUGGAAUUGUUAAUGAACAAUUGCAUGUCCAGUGACCAAAGUCUACAGUUUUCCAGCGCCAGACUGUUGGAGCAAUGUCUGACGACAGAAAAUCGUGAAUAUGUAUUUGACAAAGGGGUCGAGAAGGUCGUGAACGUAGUGUGCGAGUACAAGACUCAAAUCAGCUCGGUUGAUAAAUUGAAUGUCAGCGCCGGAAUCCUUGAAAACUUAUUCAAGCACACUGAAAUCAUGUGUAGCGAUGUAAUAAAACUCGGUGGUUUGGACGUGUUGCUGUACGAAGGUCGAAACCAAGACACCGAAACCUUGAAACAUUGCGCCAGUGCUCUAGCGAACUUAUCGCUGUAUGGAGGACCAGAAAGCCAAGAUAAAAUGAUAAAGCGUAAGGUGCCCACGUGGUUGUACACGUUGGUGUUUAACUCAGACGUCAACAUAAAGUAUUACGCUUUCUUGGCAAUAGUGGUUUUGGUCACUAAUAAGGAAGACGAGGUGGCCGCGAUAAAUUCCAGAUCUCUAGAUCUGAUUAAUCCGUUCGUCACCACGCACACGCCGACAGAAUUCGACGAAUCCAAUAUGGCUCCACAUUCCCGUGGCCAAAGUCAAAAAUGGCUGGAAAAACUAGUCCCGGUUUUGAGUUCCACCCGAGAAGAAGCGUGCAACUUGGCUGCUUUCCAUUUUUGCAUGGAAGCCGGGAUCAAGAAGCAAUUAGGUAUGACCAGCGUAUUCAAAGCGAUCAACGUGAUUGAACCACUGAAGAAAGUGACCCGUAGCGGAAACACCCUAGCGUCCAAAUUAGCUGCCAAAACAUUAAAGUUGAUCGGCGAAGAGGUGCCCCACAGAAACAAUCAAGAAAAAGUGCCCCUGUGGUCAGUAGAUGACGUACAUGAAUGGGUCAAACGAAUCGAUUUUAUCGAGUUCGCCGAAUACUUUUCUGCAAAUCUAGUUGAUGGUGAUAUUUUGUUGCACAUUAACGAGGACAACUUGAAAUACGACAUCGGAAUGCAAAAUGGAUUACAGAGAAAAAGAUUUAUGAGAGAACUAGACAAUUUAAAACAAUCAGCCGACUACAGUAGUAAAGACUCGACCGGUUUGCACUCGUUCCUAAAGUCGAUCGAUCCUACAUUCGACUACGGCGUGUACACGUAUCCCAUGUUGAAUGCAGGAAUAAAUAUGAACACGAUCAGGAGUUUAACGACAGAUCAACUCUUAAACGAUUGCAAAAUCACAAAUACCAUACAUCAUCUGUAUAUAUUAAAUGCAAAAGAAAUGAAAUUGAAGAAAUCGUCGUCGGACAAAAAAAUCACGGAUGUGUUUAUCAGUUACAGACGAUCGAAUGGAUCUGAAUUGGCUAGUUUGAUCAAAGUUUACCUUGAAAUUCGAGGGUAUCAAGUGUUUAUCGACGUGGUAAAAUUAGAAAACGGACAUUUCGGCAAUAACCUAGUAAACCAUUUAAAACAGGCAAAAAACUUCGUGCUUGUGUUGACCCAAAGUUCGUUGGACCGGUGUGUCGGCGACAACGAAUGCAACGACUGGGUUCACAAGGAAAUCGUGACAGCGAUGCAAAACCAGCUGAACAUAAUUCCCAUCGUAGUGGACGAUUUCACUUGGCCAGAAAUGCUUCCAGAGGACAUACGCAACUUGCAGACGUACGACGUGGUACAGUGGUCGCACGACAUUCAGGAUAUGUGCAUUGAUGCCAUCGUGACGGCUAUGCAUGGUGACUCGAGUGCUGUUCAUGAAGGGACCAGCGAUGGUCUUUCGUCAGACAUGUCUACCGAAGCGGUGGACCCAUUCCUCGUUGUCGAGUAGCUCCACGGCCCCGAACAUCAUGGACCUACCAUUUUCGGGUGACCGCCUACCGCCAUACCUGCUACAGUGACUGUCUCUGGGAAAUGAAUAGAAAUGUCAAGCGAUUGGAAAUAUUAAACGAAAUUUACAUUGAUAAAAACAUAGUAUCAUUAUCAUUAAUACAAAUUUCACACAUUGUAACGAUUUUUAUUCCAUUUUAUUCAUGAAAUAAAAUUAUCAAAUAUA